AUGCAAAUACCCCAGGAUGGGAAAAAUCCAACCAUUUCGUUCGGGGAUGAAGAUUGCGAAGGAGUUAUGUACCCCCACGAUGACACCUUAGUAGCCACACUGCUGAUAGCCAACUACACGACCAGGCGAGUCUUGGUUGACAAUGGGAGUUCGGCCGACAUCCUGUUUUGGGAUGCUUUCAGUAGGUUGGGUAUCAACCCCGACAAACUGCAACCAUCGCCUUCUCUGCUCAAAGGGUUUUCGGGAAAAGCCAUUCUACCCAUGGGUGCCAUAACACUUCCAGUUAUGGCUGGGCAAGGCACCCACACAAUCAGCAUGACAGACUUCUUGGUGGUCAAGGCUCUGUCAUCCUAUAAUGCCAUAUUAGGGCGUCCAACCAUUAACAACUUAAAGGUGGUGACCUCCACUUACCACCUUAAAAUGAAGUUCUCAACAAAAGCGGGAGUCGAUGAAAUUCAAGGCGAGCAGAUAUUAGCACGAGAGUGUUACGUCUAG